AUGUAUGCAAUGUUGAAUCAAGAUCAACGUUCAGCAGCGGAUGCAAUUCGUGCAGCUCAUCAUAAACAAUCAACCACUGCUGGCUCAUGUUUCUUCAUCGAUGGACGUGGCGGUACAGGAACAACCUAUCUUUAUAACACCCUGUACGAUUUAUUCAUGGGACAAGGCGUCUAUGUUAUGCCAGUUGCAUGGACAGGGAUUGCUGCAAGUUUACUGCCUGAAGAAAGAACUGCACACAGUCCUUUCAAGCUUCCUGUACCUAUUUUGGAAACAUCUGCAUCCAGUAUUCGAUCAAAUAGUAUGGAAGCCGAACAGAUUAGAAAGACAGAAGUUUUCAUUUGGGACGAAGAACCAAUAGCUCCAUCGUAUGCUCUCAAGGCAAUUGAUAUUUUUCUGAGAGAUUUAAUGAACAUCAAUGUGCCUUUCGGAGGAAAAAUGAUGAUACUUGGUGGAGAUUUUCGACAAGUUCUUCCGAUUUGCAAUCAUAGUGGUACAUCAUAUAAAUAUGUAGAAAAACUAUUCAAUGAUGAUCGUUCAGAUCAAUGGUAG